GAGUUCUUGGUGUUGAGCCUAGAAACGUCAUGAAGUUUAAUUCAAGAGAAGGGACUGAGCUGAUGAAAAAUGGUUCGAAACACCAUCAUAGCCUUUACUUCCCUGAGUUUUAUUCUAACAGACUGGAGUGAUCGAUUUUAUUGUAUGCAACUGCAAGGGUCAAAAUCUUAAAACGGAGUUCUUUAAUUCAAUUUCAUUUCUUCAGCACUACGCCACUCUCGUCUCAGCAGAUCCCCACGGUAUAAGAUUUCAUUCCUACUCCCUCUUCCUCCUCAAACCUUGCGCCAAUCGCCAUGGAUUCUCCAUCACUAGAAGUUAAUGAAAUCAAUGUGAUCACCCUUAACUGUUGGGGUCUUAAGUUUAUCUCUGACCUACGAAAUGAACGACUUACGGAAAUUGGGAAAGCCAUUGGGUCUGCAAGCCCUACACCCCAUAUAGUUGGCCUGCAAGAGUGUUGGACACAGGAAGAUUACAAGAGUAUACGAAAGGAAACGAAACAUAUUUUACCUUAUGGAAAGUUUUAUCACAGUGGCAUAUUUGGAGGGGGGUUGGCAAUUUUGUCUAAAUGGCCAAUCGAAGAGAGCUCUAUGUUCAGGUAUCCUCUAAAUGGUAGGCCUACUGCGUUUUUCAGAGGUGAUUGGUUCGUUGGAAAGGGCGUUGCUGGUGCGAGAAUUCGAUACGGAAAAGGUCCAAAAGAUAUUAUGGAGGUUUUCACCACACAUCUCCACGCACCAUACGAAACAGAACCAAACGACUCAUAUAUCUGCCAUCGAACCGCACAAGCAUGGGAAAUAGCAAAACUUAUGAGAGGCGCCGCAGAGCGUGGACAUUUAGUUCUUGGCCUAGGAGAUUUCAAUAUGAUACCACUAUCCCUCGCCCAUCGACUCAUUAGUACACAUUCACCUGCUCGAGAUGUCUGGAUGGUCUUGCAUCCUGAUUGCUCUAUCGGUGCGGCGGUUGAUGAAGUCGAAAAGGCUCGAAGACGCCCAAUACCAACUGCCGAAUUCAAUUUAUCGGAAAACGGUGCAACUUGCGAUAGCGUAUUGAACACUUGGCGUUGGAGUAAAGGAGAACAAAAACGUCUUGGUCCAAAUCGUCCCGAGAUUGAGAUUCCAGGUGAUACACCUGACCCUCGUGCAAAACGACUAGACUAUAUUUUCGCCAACACGUGUUUCGAUGAAAGCAAUCCAUCAGCAGGAGGAUGGAUAGUAAAAGAUGUACGUGUUGGCAUGCUGCAACGACAUUCCAAAUAUCAAUGCUCAUUGAGUGAUCAUUUCUCCGUCGAAGCAACAUUGGUACAUACAAAAUAUGCAUCACCAACCGAACAAACAAUAAAUAAUAAAUCUGCCGUAUCUAAUGGCGUCUACCUCCAAACCGCCCCCUCAGAAUCUCAUCUUCUCAGCGCUCAUACACAACUCAAAACUUCAUCAUCAUCACCCUACCUGCCUAUCUCAACAUACGAUGAAAUUAUCGCCAUGAUUCAUGUCUACCGACUUCGAGAGCGCCGUCAAAGACGUCUUCGUUUAGGUCAUUUCGUCGCUUCGGUAUUCAUUAGUAUAGGUUGUUUUAUAGCUGUUUGGUGGAGUCCUCGAAAUUUUGUUGCAUUUAUACUUAUGUUGUUGAGCAGUUUGGGACUUGGAGCGGGCGUUAUCGAUGGAUUGAUCGGGGGUCUUUUUGUAGGGAGUGAGAUUAGAGCACUUAAGGAGUUUGAAUGGGAAAUUAGUAAUGCAAGGGCGGCGGCUAAUGGGGAACCGCUUGAUCUCACUGAGGAGGGAAUUCAGGAUUGGUAGUCCUUUUCUGUGGGAGGGGUGGAAGGAACUGGGGAGUAUUAAUGUUUAAUUGGUAAAAAGAAACCUGCGGGGUAUAUUACUAGUGGAUCAUGUUUAAUUCGGGUAUCUUUUAUGCUGCUGCGAAUAAUUGUAAUAUACGCAAACGAGCAUUUUUUCUUCAAUGUACCGUGUUUUUCUCCCGCUCGCUGUUUCCUUCUUUUUACCUCCCACAAAAUCUCCUUUUCACA